ACAAGAUAUUGCAAGUGUAGAUUUUUGAAGAAGUAGAAAUUAUCUGUAGAAACCAGCCCGUGAAAAAAGAAAAAGUAACAGCUUAUUCAUUACUAAUACCCUGGACUUUUUGCACUAAGUCUCCGUGCUCGCCUGCUUCGGCUCCGCCCAACCAAUCUCCCCACUCCACGUCUUCUACUAGUUUUUUUUCUGGAGAGAGCAGCAGAAGGAAAAAAGAAACAAGGAAAGAAGACACCCUUUUUCUUAUUUUUUCUCCCUUUUCUCCUGAGCAAGCUACAAGGCUCGUCGAAUCCGAAUCCGAAGCAGCAGCCGCCGUUGCUCUUCUGUGUCUCAAUUUAUCAAUUAUUCAUCAACAUCAUCUGCCACUUCGCUGAAGUUGGGAGUUGAAUUUGAAUUCCAACAUUUCGAAUUCAGUUUUUGUUUCUCGCCGGCACAGGCCAACAUUAUCCAAACUCUGUCAAAAUAGGGUUCCUUUGUGAUUGUGGUGACAAAAUGGGAGCAGUUCUUCGGAACUGUUUUCGCAAUAAUUAUGACGGAAGCGUCUCGGUCGAAAAGAAAAACCAGGAAAACGAUGGCCCACCCACUUAUGAAAUUGUUUUCGGAUGGUCGCAAUCUUUUGAGAACCUCAUGAAACACCGAGCUGGACAAAAGUACUUUGCCGAAUUCUUAAAAGGAGAAUACUCAGAUGAAAACAUUCUUUUCUGGCAGGCGUGUGAAGAGCUCAAACGAGAGAAAAAUGCCGAGAAAAUUGAAGAGAAGGCUCGCAUUAUCUACGAAGAUUUCAUCUCGAUCCUUUCCCCAAAAGAAGUUUCGUUAGACUCUCGUGUCCGUGAAAUCGUUAACACCAACAUGGGACGUCCAUCUGCCUCCACCUUUGACGAGGCUCAAAACCAGAUCUACACCCUUAUGCAAAGAGACAGCUACCCACGAUUCUUGGCCUCCAACAUCUACAAGACCGUGAUGGGCACCUUCGGAAUCAAGGAGGAAGCCGUUUGAGCGGUUCCCUCCGGGUAGGGAUCCAAAACAUCGUGUUUCUAUUGAUUAGCUUUCGAUCCCAAUGUUUCCCCCGAUUUCCAAAAUUACCGUGAUUUUUCUUGUUCUGUGUCAUGUUUUUCUGUGACCUAUUUUCCAUUAUAUUUCCCGACUGUAAAAUCAUUUGUUCAUUACUCCUUUCCAUUUUUUUGAAAAUUCAACAUUCCAACAAAUUGAAACCUCUUGUUUGUUCCCUUUAUCCAAAAAGUCGAGCCAUCUAUUUUUCAGGGUUACUUUCUUCUUAAAAAACAAAAAUGACACAAAAAACUUUUUUUUCAUUCACUUCUCCAAGAAUUUUCAGUCUCUUUUUUGUUAUCCUUCUGUUUUACGGACCACAAAGAUUUUUCCAACUACUUUUCCCCCAAAUCAAGUGUAACACUAAUAUCAACUUUUUGCUACAGGCGUUUUCCAAUGUAGUGCACCAUUUUCCAAUGUAGUGCUUUUAAUUAACAAAUGUAAAAAUUGUUUUUUUUCUCACGGAAAUAUAUUCACCCAACGCUAAACUAUUUUUCCGCAUCAUCCCGUCCCUAAAUUCAAUGUGAUAUGAAUUUUACUGCUUAUUAAUGUUUUCCAAAGUUGUCAUCAAUUUCUCACAUUAUAUAUUCUUUGCGAAACCUUUUUAAUUCUACUAUAUAAUGUCUGAAAUUCAUUCUGAAGCUUAGCCUCUUCACCAUGAUCUCUUGCUAUUAUCCCUUCAGCAACUCUUCUUUGUCCGAUUUUUCAUUGAUCCGGUGUUCCUAAAUUUUCUAUUACUCAACCUGAAAUAAAUGAUACU